ACAAAACAAAACAAAAAAACAGUUGUCACCCAGGAGACUCUGAAUGAAGGUUUCCAAUGUGUGUGAGUGUGGUGGAGAUGGGGGAUUUGGAGAUCACUAAGGAGUGAGAGGACAAGGAGAAGUGGUUAGGAAAAAAAAGUCCUCAUGUCAAGGCAUUCUUUUGAAAUCCAAUGGCAUCUAUUGGAACUGUUCAUGCAUGUAGACCAACAGUAAGAAAACUUAAGACGUUCAUGCCAGAGUACCUAGUGCUGGUCUGCCUACUACAGCCUUCUGGUCUUAUGUCCUCCUAUCUGAAUAGAAGUCGGACUUGUUUCCUCCCAGCAUGUAUGUAUCUUCCUCUAUAAAGCUGUGUGGUUCUGCCUGACAACUCCCUUGGGUCUGUGCUGCCUUCUCUGCUAGCAUCAGGAGAUGCAGGUGAUGAGCCCCCUCCAAGACAAGUAUAUCUUCGUCAUGGACUGUGACUUGGGCUUUGGGAGCCUGCUGGCCAGGCAGCUGGACACGUGAGGCUUGAGGGUACUUUACUGCCUGCAUUCCUGAUAGAAGAGGCAGUGGAGCAGCUGAGUGACCAGAUGUCAGACAGGAUGGAGAUGGGGAUCUCUCUGGAUGUCACCAAGAUAGAGAGCAUCACUGCAGACACCCAGUGGAUGAAGAAACGUGUGGGGGACAGAAGUAUCACCCAGAUUCCUAAUGUGUCUGCUGGUUUCUUUUCUCUGUGAAGGGGAUGCCUCCUGGGUGUUUGCUGGUAAGACUCCACAACUGUUUGGAAGACUUGAAGUAAUAUCUGCUUCCUUCCCCUCCUCCACAUGUCAACUUGAGAUAAGCAGGAGAAAGGCUGGGCAGUAAUGAAAACCUGACCGACCAACUCAGAAACUGGUAUCAAGAGGAAUGCAGGAUGCUGUAGGUAAGGGGUCAUGGAGGCUUCCAUCAAGAUUUGAAGAAAAUCCUGGGAUGCCAGGAAAAUUGCAGCAGAGUUAGAAUCAUUGACUGCCCCCAGAGAGGGCAGUGCAUGAAGCUUUGAAGGUAAAACCAAAGCUGGAAUGGAGAUCCCAAGAAUUCAGAGAUGCCUGUUACAUGGACUAUCUGCCUAGGAAAGCUGCUAGCUGUGGACAGAACCAGCCUAAGAGAGAGGCCAUGAGUGCUGCAACCAGCAAGUCCAAAGAGGUGGGAAUGCCCAAGUUCUCUGAAGAAGACAUCUUGCUACCAUGUGCCCCAGAUGCUGGAGGUGGAGCUACAGGAACUGUUUACCCGAACUGCAAUCUGGUUCGCAACCUCUCGGAGAAGUAUGUCUUCAUCACUGGCUGUGACUCGGGCUUUGGGAACCUAUUGGCCAAACAGUUGGUUGAUCGGCGUAUGCGAGUGCUGGCUGCUUGCCUCACUGAGGAGGGGGCCCAGAAACUUCAGCAGGAUACCUCCUACCAACUGCAGACCAUCCUACUGGAUGUCACCAAGACUGAGAGCAUCAAGGCAGCAGCCCAGUGGGUAAUGCAUUCUCUGCUGGAGCCAUUUACCAGGACAAUCAGAGGCCUCUGGGCACUAGUGAAUAAUGCUGGUGUGGGCCUGCCCAGUGGUCCCAAUGAAUGGCUGACCAAGGAAGACUUUGUGAAGGUGAUCAAUGUGAACCUGGUGGGACUGAUUGAAGUGACCCUCCACAUGCUGCCUAUGGUCAAGAAAGCCCGGGGCAGGGUGGUCAACAUGUCCAGCUCUGGUGGUCGUGUGGCAGUCAUUGGUGGCGGUUACUGUGUCUCCAAGUUUGGUGUGGAGGCCUUCUCUGACAGCAUCAGGCGUGAACUCCACUACUUUGGGGUGAAGGUCAGCAUCAUUGAGCCAGGAAACUACCGGACAUCCAUUCUGGGCAAGGAGGGUAUGGAGACACGCAUGCAAAAGCUAUGGGAGCGACUCCCUCCAGAGACCCGGGAUAGCUACGGAGAGGAAUACUUCCGCAUCUAUACCGACAAGUUGAAAAACAUGAUGCAGCUGGCAGAGCCAAGAAUCAGGGACGUCACCAACAGCAUGGAGCACGCCAUUGUUUCCCGGAGCCCCCGCAUCCGCUACAACCCCGGCCUGGAUGCCAAACUCCUCUAUCUUCCCCUGGCUAAGUUGCCCACCCCUGUGACAGAUUUCAUUCUGAGCCGGUACCUUCCAAGGCCAGCAGAUAGUGUCUGAGCUGGGGAGGCUCAAAAGGUGGCCUUUAGGGGUGGGAUAAAGGACUGUGGGGUCACAUGAGAUGAUAUCAGACAUCCUGGGGUAUCAUCUGCUAAGGACACUGUACUAGGCUGACACCCACUGCUGGCAAAUCUACCAGUGACUUCCAACAGAAGAUAACUGCCUCUUCCCAACCACUGGGGCCCCAGACACUUGAGGUGGCCUUGAGAGACCUAAAGCAUGGCCCCAAGGGCCUGUGUCACCUAGGCAGGAUACAAGUUUUUCUAGACCUGAAAAAAUCAAUGAGGGAAAAACUGGCUCCUGCUGAAUCAUGAACUGUCACCGCCUCUGGGAAAUACCAUGGGGUAAUCUAACCUAUGGGGGCAUCUCGGCCACCUACCUGUGGUCUCUAAAUAUGCGCUAACCUUAUCCACAUAACCCAUUACUGACGUGUACAGCAGGGCAGUCAGAAAGUGUGGAAGUACAUCCUACAAAAGUUUAAAAUAGUUUCUCUCUCUUUACAUUUCUCUAUUGGUAGGUGAUUGGGAUACACAUUAAAUAACAUUCAUUUAUUUAAUAGCCAUUGAUUAAUUCUUCAAAUAUUUAUUGAGUUCCUACUACAUACCAGGCACUGUGAAGAUGUUGGGGGGUAUGGAGAUGAUGAAAUCAUGGUCUUGGUUUCUUAUUGUUAUUUUGUGUUUUGUUUUGUUCCACCAUGAUAUCUAGUAGCAGAGACCAGACAGUGAGAGAAGGAACAGAAAUCAGAAAACAAGUAUUUAUAUGGAGCCUGGGGAUCAUUGUGCUGUACAAACUUGGCUGUACAUCAUAGUUACCCAAUUAUUCCUGGGCUCCAGUGUCAGAAAAUCUGAUCCAGAAGACCCAGGAAAGGGCUUAGAAAUACAUGUCUGUAACAAGGACCCAUGAUUCUGAUGCACUUGGGAGGCACUGAUGGUUCCAUAGGAGAGUAACUAAUGCUCAGACGGGGAAGUGAUUUACCCAUGGUCCCCUAACUUAGUGCUAAGAUAGAUAGACCUCAGAUUCAGAUUUCUAGUUCAAGUUUUUUUUUAUUAUUUUUAAUUACAGUAGAAUCAAUUUCUGAAAUCAACAUCACCAAAUAAGUAAUGGAACUAAAUUUUUUUUAAAGAGCCUUAUACUGCUGGGUCAUAUGAAGAUGUGUUGAAAAGACUUCUGAUCUUGAUAAAUGGUCAGGUAAUAAAGGUUAAAUAGGAUAUUUUAAUUUUUAAAAAUCUUCAACUUAUGUCUCUUCAACAUCUGACUGAACUUGAAAAUAAUAAAGUGUGACUUAAU